AUGCUCAGAGCACGCCUUCUAGUGCCGCUGGUACGACCAGCUCUAGUGCACAGACUCGACAGAUGCUACAGCACCGCUCUGGGGUCCAGGUUCCGAAAAUCAAACGCAGUUCGUUCGGAGCUCAAGUUCGACUUUCCUGAUGUGCCGGUUAAAGAAGAGCUGUUUGUCCAGGAGACGCCCGACAAGCCUCUCAAGGAGAACAAGACCCACGUUUCCGACGAGGAUAUUGACAGUCUUUUUGACUCACUCAUGAGCGACCACAAGGCUGCUGAAGCCACCGAACAGCACAAGGAGCUGCCUCCAGCUGAACAAGAGAGACCGUCGGGAGCAAAUACACACACUGCACCCAUCAAGCAUGACACAAAGAGCCCCAUGGAGUACCUGGCAAAGUCCAAGCUCACGCCUCAUGUGAGUAGACAGGUAGCCAAGGCCAUGGCUGGCUCGCCCACGCAACUUUUGCUAGCCACGCCUGCUAGCCAUCACAUUUCCACCCCUGCAUACCAAAACGAUCUUUGGAAACAUGUCAUUUCGACGCUCAACACGUCCAAGUUUCAGAUUCCAGACUUUAACUCUCUGAUGACGACUAUCCCGGUCGACAUUCGAGCGCAGUUUCUGCCUCAGAUUGAGGAGUGGAUUUCUCAGCGGGGAGUGAAGCCUUCUGCCAUCACGUAUGGCCAGGUCAUGUUAGGAUACGCCGAGGACGGCAACGUGGAAAAGGUGGAGGAGAGAUUCCGACAAAUGAUUGAUAACAAUAUCACCCCUACUGUACAUACUUAUGCGCAUCGACUGAAGGCAUGCGAUAAACGGGGGGAUCUGAAGCAGGCCAUGGAGAUUUUCGACGAUCUCAAAUUAGCCCAACAACUCUACGGUAUCCGACCCAACCAGGUCAUUUUCACAACCCUCAUUUCCACAUCUCUAAGAAACCACAAGGUGGAACUUGCAUCUCAGAUCUUCGAAUACAUGAAGUAUGCUUCUCUGGAGACCCAGCCAACUGCACACACAUACAACUCGCUGAUUACAGCGUCUGCCAUUCGUUCCAAUACCGAACGAGCAUUGGAUUUGUUCGAGGAAAUGAAACAGAAAUCGGUUGCCAACGUUAGAACAUAUCAAUCGCUGAUUCUUGCCUGUUUGAGACAGGAAAAGUAUCAUCUCAAGGCAUGGGAGCUUCUUUUGGAGCUCAGAGAACAACAUAGUGAGAGUUUCUACUCCAGACACACUUUGGUUGUUGUUUUCCAGGCCGCAGCCGUCACUGGAGACCUGGUGUUCCUUCGAUCACUCUACAAGCAGCUCUGCAUGUCUCCUGAGACGUACCCUGAUGCCAUUCUGACUCAGCUUCUGAUGCAGGCUUAUGCUCGGUACGACACACGGACCAAACCAGUUGCUUCUUCUGCUCUUCGGGCUACUUGGGGCCGUCUUUAUGGAGGUAACGCUCAAGAAAUGAUGCGAGGAUUCUUGUUCCCUGAUAUUGAGGGUAUGGUGCAGCUUAACGAGGAGCAUCCCGGCAUGAUCCCUCCUUUCUUGCCUACCAAUACCAUUGAAAGUCUUUCUUUCGACCGUAAGAAGAUCAUUGCUGAAUCUCGAGCCAUUUUCCAGUUCUUGAAGAACAACAAGCCUCAGCUGCUGGAUAACAUUGCUGCCACUGACUAUCUCAAGGCGGGAGCUAGACAUAGAGAUUUCCCUGAGUUUCUGAGACGAUACAACGAGGUUUCUGUGGGUGCUGGAGAAGCCGAGGGCGCUGUUAUCAGUCCUUCUGAGAUGAAGACUUACUCUGCUCGACAGAAGAAGCCUCAGCGAUACGAUUUGCAGACUCAGUUCUCUCCUGCCCCCCGUUCUGAUGCUCAUUUCUUUAUUGCCCUGAACGCUGUUCAGGCUGACUGCAUUGCUGAUGCCAGUGAACGGGAUCCCAACCUCAACCACCCCUUGAGACGCCUCACCCCUCAGGAGAUGACCGAUAGACUUGAAUUUUCCCAGGACGUGUGGGUAGAGCGAGGCAAGUGGCGGAAGUCCGAUGCAUACAAGAACAAGUAUAGGACUGAGGCUCAGCAGAUUAGCGCAGACUACAAUUUUGCGCUCAAGAUUAUCAAUGCUCUGGCUGCCCUGAAACAGCUUGGAGAAGCUGCUGCGAUUCUGUCGGCUACGCCUGCCACUUUCAACUGGAAGAAGCACGAUCUGGCCUUCUUCCACAAUGUUGCUCAGGCUUUCUACCAUGAGGAGGCUAUGAAGCAGAUCCACAAGGCCGUGUCUCGGUCCAAGCACCUGGAUGAGGUCAUUAGAAACCCCGACUCGGAAAAAUCAGCUGAAUUUGACGUUUUCAGCAUUUGA